CCGCCGCACACCGACAGCGGCCUCGGACCGGACGGACGGACAGCGGGACCCCGACGCACGAGACUCACGGGGAACAUGGCGGGAACAACAACCUGCUCGGUACCGUAGCGACGAUUAAUCAGGAGAACGACGCGGAUGGUAACGGAGGAGCAUCACUGAGCACAGAGGCGAUGAGGGGAAACCUGAAGGCAGCAACCGGUUUCUAAGCAACAGCUACAGCAACACAGCGUGCGGCACCACACACCAUGGCCUACAAGAUUCCCGGCGCGGCGAUGGACAGAGUCAGCCUUCUGUGGCGUCUGAGGCGUCGUGCUCGCCGUGGAGCGCUCUGCAUGGCCUUCUUCUGCAUCUCCAUGGCUCUGCUCUACGCCCUCUGUGCCGAAAACAGCGUGCCCGUUACCGACGCCAUCUUUGGGGUCAGGGCCCGAACCCGGGCUCAGCCUCGUGCGCACUCUGUCAUCAAGGUGCUGCGAGGAGGAGCCAAGCCCAUGUACAUUGACCCUCAGAAGCUGCCAGGUGUGGUCCCAGGUGACCCUCACCGUCCAAUCCCUGUCCUCUCCUCCCCGAACCACACCCACGAAGCCGGGGACUUGCCGUCAAAGCGAAAGUCGAGAGAGCGGGAACCAUCCGGGUUUUUCGGUCAUCUGCUGCCGCGCCCCCUCAGGCGUGCCCUGGAGACCCUGUUUGGAGGCAGGCGGCGGGAGGAGCUGAGCGGCAGAGGGGGCGACGCAGAGUUCUUCGGGCCUCACGGGCUUCUGGGAGAGGUGUGGGAUGAUGAGAUGUCCAGUAGCAUGCUGGGAAGCAGACUGAGGAAGGUGGUGCAGAACUAUCAGGCCAUGAAUAAAUAUGGAGUCAAGGUUUCGGGCCCCGGCGGCGUGUCCAUCAGGCCAAAGCUGAGCGGUCCCAAGCUUCUCUGCCAACUGAAGGACAAGGUGGAGGUCUCGACUUUGACCCCUGACCUCCAGCCAUUCUCGUCACUGCCCUGGGCUUCUCAGCUGCCCUCGAAGCCGCUGACCUCUGACCUUGGGCCUUACAAGAGCUGCGCUGUGGUGUCGUCAGCGGGGUCGCUCCGCCACUCUGGACUUGGCAAAGAGAUAGACUCGCAUGAUGCCGUGCUGCGCUUUAACGCUGCCCCCACCUCCGGCUACGAGAAAGACGUCGGUUCUAAAACCACCAUCCGUCUCAUCAACUCACAGGUGAUGGCGUCUGAUGAGCAUCGUUUCCUGUCCAGUUCUCUGUACAGCUCAGGUGUUCUGGUGGCCUGGGACCCCGCCCCCUUCUCCGCUGACCUCGCUCAGUGGUACAACAGGACAGACUACCCCAUCUUCAUCCAGUACCAGAGAUACAGGAGGCUUCAUCCCCUGCAGCCGUUUCACAUCCUGCAUCCUCGCUUUGAGUGGCAGGUGUGGCAGAGAAUACAAGACAACAUGGCUGAACCCAUCCAGAAGAACCCGCCCUCCUCCGGCUUUCUCGGCACCGUCCUGAUGAUGUCGCUGUGCGAGGUGGUGCACGUUUACGAGUUCCUGCCGUCACGGAGAAAGACAGAGCUCUGCCAUUACUACCAGCAUUUCUACGACGCCGCCUGCACGCUCGGCGCCUACCACCCCCUCCUGUACGAGAAGAACCUGGUCAAACGGAUGAACCAGGGCUCUGACAGAGACAUCUACACCCACGGACGCGUCACGCUGCCUGGGUUCAGCACGCUGAACUGCACCCAGGCUGCUGGAGGUUCACCCGACCACUGACUGAGAAAAGCAGUGAAGCACACACACACACACAAACACACACACACACACAUCAACACACACACACACGAUGCAAACCAGAGCCCUGCAUGACGAACACGUAACAACAAUGACAGACGCAUGAAAACUUCACACUCACUGCCGAACAAAAUGAACGCCGUGCCACUCGCUAUAAAUAUGGCAUGUCGUCACCACACACUGUAAACACUGCAGUACACACAAGUCUUCGUCAUAACACACACAUGCUGGAGCCCAGUCAGCUGAGAGAUGUGCCUGUUGUUCACACACACACACACACACAUACAUACAGUUUUCAUCCCUGAGCCCUGAAACAACCCUGAGCUCAACCUUUAAAGGACCAUACCACUAACUUUGAAAGUUUUAUUCAGCGGACCAAAACCUGUGUACACUUAUCACAACUGCCAAACUUUUUCUAAAGUGGUGGUUCCCAGAUGUUUCGACACCUUAAAAAGAAGCAUUUGUCUGCUUAUGACCAGGCAGCUGUUGUUUUCCUGUUAUUUGAAUAUUUCUGAGAAGUUAAAUCAUCCAGCACUUUACCACACAUCUCUCUCUCUCUCUGCCAUAUAUAUAUAUAUAUAUAUAUAUAUGUGUGUGUGUGUGUGUGUGUGUGUGUGUGUGUGUGUGUUUGGUUAAAUUAAAUCUGACCCCUUGUAGCCACAGUUCCAAAGCACACGUUAAAGUAAAUAUUCUCUUGUUCAAAACCAAACAGUGAUUUAAAAAAAACUGACUGUGGCACAUUAACUGUGUCAAACCUGCUUCAGGUCUAAAAACAGAUGCCAUGGUAUACACAGUUUAUGGUUAAUGGACUGAAACACGGACAAAUGAACAGUAUGGUCUUUAAAUCCUGAUCUUAACCAAACCAAAGUCUUAGACUGAAUCCUGAAGAAGUCAGAUUUGGCCAAAUGGACCUCAUUAAUCAGAAAUGUCCUCAGCUCAAACAUCUACGUGACAGAAGUCCACCAUUCAGACCUGAAGGGGUGUGUGUGAAUGUGUGUGUAUCCUGUAACAUGUUAUUUCUGCCACUGUGAGGCGCUGCAGUCCAGCCCUCACUCCGACACUUCCAUAUCUGACCUUGGCACGUCACUGUACGAACGAGGCAGAAAACACAGCUUCAGGCCUGUUUCACGUCACCUGGAUUUUAGUCUUUUACUGCUCUAUUUUCAGGGUCUGAAAAGCAGGUCCUCAGUUUGCAGGCUCCUGUGGCUCAAUGCCAGCAGCAUCCGCCUGGGACCGGCGGCGUAGUGACGUCCACCAGGCCUUAAAACUGUCAAGGUCAAAAGUAGCAGAAAAUAGUUGAUUGAUAGUUUGUCCAGAAAACCUGGAAAGAGACGUCGCUUCUGAAUUUUCUAAACAUCUUUUCUUGACAACAAACUAAUUUCAGUUCACCACCGUUAUAUUUCAGAGAACACGAUGGGAGGACUUCACUAAAACAUCGGACUGCUCCUUUAAGACGACUGACCUUCUCUGACCAGUGAUCCAACAAAAUGUCCCGCCACUGAAAAUAAUAAUAGAAAGUUUGUACCCUCUUUGUGGACCCUGUAACAAACUAUACCCAGUGAUCUUUUUAUAAUCUGUGUAUAGUGUGUAUAUUAUGGCAGUAAAACCCCUGACGCUGCCCUGUGCUGUGAUUCUCAGCUGGUCGUUGAGAGGAACAUCUUAAAGCUAAAAUAAAUAAUCACAUUUCGAAUCGCAGCUUUGACGCUGAGGAAAUUUUCCCAGCUCACACGUCUGCAUCGAUGUUGUGUUUUCAGUGUUAUCACAGUACAGAGCAGCCUCGGGGGAAUCCUGACUUUUAUUCUACUCUUACUGGCGCAUGUGUACCAGCUGUAAAUGUUUUCUCCAAACUAGUGUAGCAACAGGAGAAAACAAGAACAAACGACAUCUCUGAUGAACAGAGAGUUUAUCCGCAUGGCACGAAUGCAGCUUCUCCUCCGUCAUUUUUCUUCACUGAACAUGAUGCAAAUCACGCAUAUUGUUAUUGGUGUCAUCAUAUGUGAGCCAGGUUAUCUGCAUGCAAACAGAAACAAUGAGCCUGGAUUUGACAGUGAAGGAUGGACUUUAUCAAACGUCCUCAGCCUGAUCAUCAACCAGGCAAAGGAGGAAACUGUAGCUCCAGCUGCCUGCCUGUCAGAAAGGUUUGCUUACUCGAUUAAUUUCAAAUUCAUUAGGGAAACUGCACCACUCACAUAGAGAGUGAGCUAAGGCAGGUCCUGCAUUGUUAGCUAAAGCUUGGCGGACACGGUUCGAUGUUGCACUGAAAGUAAAGACAGAAAAAUGUCAUGUUUAGGAUCAAAUGGUCAGUGUCUGCCCAGCGUUACGCUGCUGCCCUGACACUGAAUCUAGUUUUAACACUUCAUUAUUUUAGUUUCUAUUGUGCUCACAUGGUGCAUAGAUAAAGAUGUGUUUAUUCAGAUUUCCACAAACUAACUGAUGCUGAUCCAGCACAGGCGUACUGGUUGCACUGGUCGGUUCCUGGGCCUCUCAGCACACGCUGUGUUGAAGCUGUUGUUUUCCAAUCAUUUCAGUUUCAUGUUUGUUUGUUUUUUACCAGGACUUUAUUGUUUAUUCAGGAGGCACUUGAAUAAUUGAUGUCAUUGCAUUUCAGAGGAAAACUAGGAGAACAUUUUCUCCCUAUGCAGUUGCACUCUCGUCCCGACUCCUGCUCCUUUCAUUUCAGGCGUCACUGUAAGUUUCUGUGAAAGCUUCUGAUGUUUUCUUCCAGCUUACAGAUGCACUCUUCCUCUGUUUUGCCUUCAGUCUCUUGGUUUCUGAGAGUUGGUUGUUAAGCUGUUAACAUUGUGUUUCAUGUAUUUUUUCCUGAUCACUUGUCACUUGAUGUGAGAACAAAAAUGCCUCAGAAACAUUCAGCUGGCUUUUAUGAUUCCUUUUGUUCCUUUCUUUCUGUUGGUGUUUUUAUGACGUGAACUCCCAGCACUGCCACGUGUUCCUGUUUGAGUUCAGUUUAAUUCAUCUUAAGUGGACAUAAUUUCAUUUUAUUAAAUAUAACAUAACAUUUUUAUAUUAUAGUAACAGUAGUACUUGUAUAGAAUGGUUCUUUUUGUUUGUUUGUUUGU